UCGCUCUUUGACGGUCAAGCCCAGUGAACCCGCUUCUCGGAUUUUGGCCGGGAAUUUGAUGUAAAAGAAUUCAGUGAAGAGAUCUGAGGCAUUUUUCUUCUCUCUCAUUCUUCUCUUUUGAUCGUAUUAAGAGCUUGAAAACAAGGGAUUUUUUGUUUUUAGCCCGGAAAUCUUUUGAGUUUGAUUCCAUUGGUUUUGGAAGCUUUGCUAUAAUUAUCUGGUUGGAGAUUAGGCAUUCCCAUCCAUAGGUUGAGCUUUAUUUUGCAAUCAAAUUUCUGGAAAUUCAAGGAAUGGCCACAAUUCCAUCAAUCUCUGGAGUUAGUCUUAGUAAACUAAAGAGAAACCAUGUCCAUCUGGAUCAAAAUACUCAUUUGAACAAUUUGAAGACUCCUAAAAUUCAUGCGAUUACAAGGUCCAUGAAAAGCUGGUCUUUAUCGGUGGAAGAUGGAGCUGUUACAAAACCAAAACUCGAUUUAGAGGACCCAAAUUGGAAGAAAAAAUAUGAAGAUGAGUUUGAAAAGAGAUUUAGUUUACCUCAUUUACGAGACAUCUUUGACAUAAAGCCGAAGCCAACUACUUUUUCUCACAAAAACGGAAACAUUUCAGCUCGUGGCAUCCACGUGUUUGAUGAAUACUCAGAUGGAUAUGUGAAUGAUGAUGAUAGAGCCCUCCUCAAGGUAAUAAAAUACUCUUCACCAACAUCUGCUGGGGCUGAGUGCAUAGAUCCAAAUUGCACAUGGGUUGAACAAUGGGUACAUCGUGCUGGGCCACGUAAGCAGAUAUACUUUGAUCCUACUGAGGUAAAAGCAGGGAUUGUCACUUGUGGAGGAUUAUGUCCUGGGCUAAAUGAUGUCAUUAGACAGAUUGUAUUUACACUUGAAAUAUAUGGUGUUAAGAAGAUUGUUGGGAUCCAGUUUGGAUAUCGAGGAUUUUUUGAUGUGAGCCUGAGCGAAAUACAACUUUCCAGGCAUGUGGUUCAAAAUAUCAAUCUUAAUGGUGGAAGUUUGCUUGGUGUUUCACGAGGGGGUGCUAGUACGAGUGAGAUUGUGGAUAGCAUACAGGCUCGUGGAAUCAACAUGCUGUUCGUAUUGGGUGGAAAUGGAACACAUGCUGGUGCCAAUGCGAUACACAAUGAAUGCCGUAAAAGGAAGAUGAAAGUGGCUGUGGUUGGUGUUCCAAAAACCAUAGAUAAUGAUAUUUUGUUAAUGGAUAAGACAUUUGGUUUCGAUACAGCUGUAGAGGAAGCUCAGAGAGCAAUCAAUUCUGCAUAUAUUGAGGCUCAUAGUGCAUAUCAUGGCAUUGGCUUAGUCAAAUUGAUGGGAAGGAGCAGUGGUUUUAUUGCGAUGCAUGCAUCACUAUCUAGUGGCCAGAUUGAUGUUUGUCUAAUUCCCGAGGUACCGUUUAAAGUAGAGGGGCCAUCAGGUGUAUUGAGGCAUCUUCAACAUUUGAUACAAAUAAAAGGAAAUGCUGUGGUCUGUGUGGCUGAAGGUGCAGGACAGGAUCUGCUUCAGAAGUCGAAUGCCACAGAUGCGUCAGGGAACAUUGUGCUUGGAGAUAUUGGUGUGCACCUUCAACAACAGAUAAAGAAGUAUUUCAAGAGUAUCGAUGUUCCAGCUGAUGUCAAGUAUAUUGAUCCCACAUAUAUGAUCCGAGCUUGUCGUGCAAAUGCAUCUGAUGCAAUCCUCUGCACUGUUCUCGGCCAAAAUGCUGUCCAUGGUGCAUUUGCGGGUUUCAGUGGCAUCACAGUGGGCGUAUGUAACACUCAUUAUGUUUACUUUCCAAUACCCGAAGUCAUUGCGUCUCCGAGGCAGGUUGAUCCAAACAGUAGAAUGUGGCAUCGUUGCCUCACAUCUACAGGCCAGCCAGACUUCAUCUAAUUCAUGCACAGUCUCUCAGCUCUCUCUCUCUAUCAAUCGGAGUACAAUAUUAUUUAUGAGGUGGUGUUAAAUAUGACCUGUUUCUCUCUCUCUAGAAGCAUGCUCUCUUUUCCUGGUGGUCGUCAGGGUGGAGAAUGAAGAUAGAUUUGAAUAAGGAUUUUGUCAUCCGACAAUUUUGUGAGUGUGAAUUGUGCGUAUGUAAUGCCUCCAUAGCCAUCCGAUAUCUCAGCAAUAAUGGGUGUAUCAUGCAUUUUUCAGUUAUGUUUUGAGACACAUUUGAUUGCCAAAACCGACUUUGUACAGGACAUGGCUAUUGAAGAAAGUGUUUUCUGUAUGACUUGAAUAAUCAAAAUUAUAAUUAAUCCUUCUCUUUUCGACAA